CCACCACGAGCCUCGUGCAUCUGCAAGUUUUCUCUGCUACAUCACGUGCGUCUCGUCGCCCUCACUGUAUCAUCUUCAAAGCUAUAUAUCGAUGGGUGACAGUAAUUCAGAAGUUGAGUGCUCUACUCAGCCUCGCUUCAAGAAGCGGAAGCAGUAUUUGGAACCUGGAGAACCUUUCGUGGUUCCACGAACAACGCUCCGGUUCCAGGCAAGCAGCUCCAGCGUGGUUUUAGCCCGUCAAGAAACUGCAGACGCAGAGCCAGCAGAUUGCUCCUCGGCGGGAGAUGAUGCAAUUAUCUCAGAAGAGAGCGAAUAUUGUUGCAAUCAGUCAACGCGUUGUGCCGACGAUGCAGUGUUCACGGAGGACAGCACUGCGGAGGAUGCUGCCAGCGGCGCAAGCGAUGAAGACAACGCAAGUGAUGAAAACACCGCAACUGAUGUGGAAGACUUCCUUAAGCUGUUUUCUCGUGAAUGUUUGCCUAACUCCGAGUUAAGUGUUGCCGACGCAAUGAUCGUGUUGAUGGCAUAUUCGACGUCAGCUGGAUUAAAUUGGACUGACAUGGAGAAACUUGUUCAUGUGAUGAAUCUUCUGCUGGGAGCUGAAGUGCUGCCGUCAUCGCAGUAUUUGCUGCGAAAAGCAUGGAAAACCUGGCAAGGACAGUUAGUUCAGCGCCACUACUUCUGCACAUCGUGCAGUACUCGUGCUGCAAAUCCAACUGGGCGAGACUUCGUUUGCCCAAACUGCGACGCUCAGAAUACAGCGCACAAUUUCUUUGCAGUAUUGAAUUUAAAAAAACAAAUUGAAGUUUUACUUUCAAAGAAGAAAUUAGCCGAGACGCUUGUGGAUUCUCUUAGCAAGAAAAAUCGAGGCGGGAGUUCAUCACAGAGUUCUGCCGAUGCAGCUGUAUUGACGGACAUCACGGAUGGUGCCUUAUACCAGAAGCAAAUGGAAGGCUGCCAGUGGAGUGACAUAUCCCUCACUUUCAACACUGACAGGCGCCAAAGUAUUCAACUGCAACAAGACAGCCUUGUGGCCCAUCCAGUGUGUAAUAAAUGAGCUGCCUGUAGCAUUGCGUUGGAGCAACGUUUUACUUGGUGGUCUCUGGUUUGGAAAAGGACACCCGGAGAUGACUAAAUUUUUAGAAGUCUUUGUGAAGGAGGUGCUAGCGACAGGUACCAUAAAGUGGCAGUGCAAUGAACAAAAGCUGGAGUCAAGGAUUCAUGUGAUUUGCUGCUGUGUUGAUGCACCAGCACGUGCAGCAGUCCUGAACUCAAAGCAGUUCAACGGAUAUUUUGGAUGCAGCUUUUGUCUACACAAAGGCGAAAGACACAAUGGGUCCAUGAAGUAUCCAGUGCAGGGAUGUCAAGUGUCAGCUGUACGAACUACAAGUCAGGUCAAGUUGGACAUCCGGGUCGCCCUGUCAACUGGUCAACCUUCGCAUGGUGUGAAAGGAUCCACACCACUUGUACACCUUCCAAAAUUUGACUUAGUGUGGGGAGUAUGCCCUGACUACAUGCACGCAGUCCUUGAAGGUGUUGCCAAACAACUUUUGGAAAUUUGGUUAAGUAAUGUCCACUCACCAGCAUACAUUGGGGAGCCAUCGAAGUGUCAAAGAGUGACUGCACGGCUGUUGCACCUAAGGCCACCUCAAUUUUUUACACGACUGCCACGUACACUAGACGACCGCAGCAUGUGGAAAGCUAGUGAAUGGAAGUGGUGGCUUUUAUUCUAUGCAGUUCCAUGCCUUGACGGUAUUCUAGAAAAACAGUACCACGAGCACAUGUGCCUCCUCGUCAAUGGCAUUUUUUUGUUACUGAAAGACGAAAUUUCAAAAAAUGACCUCAAAGAAGCCAUGGGUAACCUUUCCAAAUUUGUGUAUGAGGUUGAAGAGCUUUAUGGAAAAUCAGCUAUGACAUUUAAUGUUCACCAGCUGCUCCACCUACCGCAGAGUGUACGGCAGCUCGGGCCUUUAUGGUCUCAUUCAACAUUCGUGUUUGAAUCGGGAAAUGGCACAUUGUUGAAUUUAAUUAGUGAUGCGAAUGGAGUACCACUCCAGGUUAUCGAACGCUUUGCAAUGCGCCUACAACUUUUCCAGCUGCUGCAAUCCGUGACUUUUUCUGAGAAGGCACGGGCAUUGUGCCAAAAAAUGACUGCUGCCAGUGCUUUAGAGAAACCGCCAGACAGGCCGCUUGGCAAGGGGUUCUUUUCUACCGAUAUCUCACAUGAAGAGCCCAUUUUCCUUGAAAAACUGGGCUAUUGUCCCAAGAAUGUUGUGGAGCACAAAAGGGUGUGCUUGAAAGGACAAGCUUUCCAUGUGCAUACCUACCAGAGAACCAAAAGAACAUGCAACUCAUAUUUGAAAUCUAAAGAUGGUGAGCGCUAUGUACUGAACAAAGUUUUUGUGCUAGAAGAUGGUAUGUGUGUCCUUCUGUGUCGGAAGCUUAUAUGUCUGGAGCACAAAAUAGUGAACCACAUGCACAUUUGUACUGAUGUUGGGGAUGAAGUGCUUUUGUAUGGUGCCGAAGUGGACCGAGUUUGUGUUGCGAUGAAAGUUGGAAAAACACUAUACAUUGCUGACAUCCCUAACAUGCAUGAACGGGAAUAGGUGCAACAGGCGCAAAAAUUGUAACAUAUCUGCUUUUGCAGGAGUAGUUGUAUGGGCUCACUGUGCAUAAUAUUGUGCCAGCUGUUACAUCACUGCUCUGCACACUUAAACUUUUUUCUGCUUGUGUAUAGAGUAGUACAUUAGUCCCUAAUGUUAGCAUAACGUAAGCUUGCAAGGGACACUUAGUAUAUGUUGUGAGUGCUGUUGAGGUAGUCUGUGGUAUUUACAGGUUUAAGGAGCCACAUAGAGCUCUGUUCAUUGUAUAUUUUGCAAAGCUCGGUAGUUCCACCUUUAUUAUGUUAAUGAUCUGGUACAUCAUUUGCACCACUGUAGAAUUCUCAGUAUGCCUUGCAUUACAGUGUUAUCUCUAGCUUACAACUAGAUGCUGUAUAAUGAAAUUGUAUGCGACAAUUAAUAUGCACAAAAUAGUAAAAGGACUAAAUUUGUUUGCAGUCUUUGAAAACUCAUACUAGCUACGAUUCCUUGUCAUCAUCAUCAACCUAUAUUUUAUGUCCACUGCAGGACAGAGGCCUCUCCCUGCGAUCUCCAGUUACCCCUGUCUUGCGCUAGCUCAUUCCAACUUGGGCCUGCAAAUUUCCUAACUUCAUCACUCCACUUAGUUUUCAGCCGUCCUCAACUGCGCUUCCCUUCUCUUGGCACCCAUUCUGUAGCUCUAAUGAUCCACCUGUUAUCUACCCUAUGCAUUACAUGGCCUGCCCAGCUCCAUUUCCUUCUCUUAAUGUCAGAUAGAAUAUCAGCUAUCCCCGUUUGCUCUCUGAUCCUUACCGCUCUCUUCCUGUCUCUUAAAGUUAGGCCCAACAUUUUUCAUUCCAUCGCUCUUUGUGUGAUCCUUAACUUGUUCUCGAGCUUCUUUGUUAACCUUCAAGUUUCUGCCCCAUAUGUUAGCACCGGUAGAAUGCAAUGAUUGUACACUUUUCUUUUCAAUGACAGUGGUAAGCUCCCAGUCAGGAUUUGGCAAUGCCUGCCGUGUGCACUCCAACCCAAUUUUAUUCAUCUGUAAAUUUCUUUCUCAUGAUCAGGGUCCCCUGUGAGUAACUGACCUAGAUAAACGUACACCUUUACAGACUCUAGAGGCUGAAUAGGACUGGCGAUCCUGAAUUCUUGUUCCCUUGCCAGGCUAUUGAACAUUAUCUUUGUCUUCUGCAUAUUAAUCUUCAACCCCACUCUUACACUUUCUCAGUUAAGUUCCUCAACGAUUUGUUGUAAUUUGUCCCCAUUUUUGCUAAUAGGACAAUGUCAUAUGCAAACCAAAGGUUGCCGAAGUAUUCACCAUUGAUCCUCACUCCUAAGCCUUCCCAGUCUAAGAGCUUGAAUACUACUUCUAAGCAUGCAGUGAAUAUCAUUGGAGAGAUUGUCUCCUUGCCUGACCCCUUUCUUUCUACUUUUCAUGUGGAGAACCAAUGUAGCUGUGGAAUCUUUGUACAUAUUUUCCAAGAUAUUCACCUAUGCCUCCUGAACUCCUUGAUUAUGAAAUGCCUCAAUGACUCCUGGUAUCUCUAUUGAAUCAAAUGCGGUUUCAUAAUCUAUGAGAGCCAUAUAGAGAGGUUUAUUGUACUCUGCAGAUUUGUCGAUUACCUGAUUGACGACAUGGAUGUGAUCCAUUGUAGAAUAUCCCUUUCUGAAGCCAGCCUGUGCUCUUGGUUGAUUGAAGUGUUGCCCCGAUUCUAUUGGAAAUUGCCUUGGUGAAUAUUUUAUACAGUACUGAAAGCAAGCUCAUGGGCCUAUAAUUUUUCAAUUAUCUAACGUCUCCCUUCUUGUGGAUAAGUAUAACGUUCCAGUUCUAGUUCACUGGUACACUUGAAGUCGUGAGGCAUUGCAUAUAAAGGGCCGCAAGCUUUUCAAGUAUAUCUCCUCCGUCUUUUAUUAAAACGACUGUUAUUCCAUCUUCUCCAGCCACUUUUCCCCGGGUCAUGUCUUGCAAGGCCCUUCUGACUAUUCCUUGUAUUCCCCCUCAGUUGUAUAUUCUCAGCUUGUUGUGUACCCUUAGAAUUUGCUCACAUGGUGUUUAUUUCAGUUCAUUCAUAAACAUAGUAUGCAUGAAACCGUAUGUCAGCGAGUGACUGUAGAGGUACUUUCGAACAGUAAUCUCCUCUAGUAUCAGGGCGAUGCUUCUUUUUAGAGGGAGGCAGAUGCUGCAUCCCUUCUAUGUCGACGAGAAAGAGCCAUGGGAGCUUUAGUAGGCUUCGUCUCGUGUGCCGACUUAGCGGAGAUUAGAAGAGCUCUACGCUCGUCUCCUAUUUUUGCACCGUGACAAUAUGCAAGAAACUAAAAGUAACUUGUUCAAGUUCAGUUAUUCCUGUGUAUAACUGGUGUUGUUCUCUUUUUUUUGUUUUCUUCUUGGUAUCUGCGACACUUGUUGUAAAUGAUGUGUGCUAUCAAUGCAUAACCUGAACCCUUUACUAUGACUGCACAUGUGACAAUAGGAUCUCUCUAAAUGCACAUUUGUGCCUAUAUAAUAAAGCUAUUAUUUUUGUGAA